AGCAGCGGGCGGGAUGGGUCCUCGCCGCCGGUUUUUCUGAGACUCGCUCGCGUGGGCUGCUAGCGGCGGGCCCGCAGUGGCCGCGGCGGCAUGAAGGGCGCUCUGGGGAGCCCCGUGGCCGCGGCCGCCGCAGGCGCCGCGAUGCAGGAGAGUUUCGGCUGCGUCGUGGCCAACCGCUUCCACCAGCUGCUGGACGACGAGUCGGACCCGUUCGACAUCCUGCGCGAGGCCGAGCACCGGCGCCAGCAGCAGCUGCAGCGCAAGAGGCGCGACGAGGCAGCGGCGGCGGCCGGGGCCGGCAACCGCGGCGGCAGGAGUCCGGCCGGGGCCUCGGGCCACAGACCUGGCGCGGGCGGCGGCCGGAGGGAGUCCCAGAAGGAGCGCAAGAGCCUCCCGGCCCCUGGCGCGCAGCAGCCGGACAGCCCCGGGGGCGGCCCGCUGCCACCCGGUACGCGCGCCCCGCCGGGCACCUGGGCACCCCCGGGCCAGAAGCGAGCUCCUAGAAGAGGGGAGCAGCAGGGAUGGAAUGACAGCCGGGGGACGGAGGUGACACUUGACAGAGCAGAGCGGAGAUCCUACAGGGAAUAUCGACCCUAUGAGAGCGAGAGACAGGCAGACUUUACAUCUGAGAAGUUCACGGAUGAAAAACCCAUUGACAGGUUUGAUCGAGACAGACCACUGAGAGGCCGUGGAGGCCCAAGGGGGGCCAUGCGAAGCCGAGGCAGAGGCGGCCCCGGAAACAGAGCUUUUGAGGGUUUUGACCAGAGAGGGAAACGAGAUUUUGAGAGAGCAAUCAGAACUGAAGACAACAUGGGUGGCUGUGGAAUUCGAACUUGGGGAUCAGGCAAAGAUACCAGUGAUGUGGAGCAGACUGCACCAAUGGAAGAGACCACAGCGGUGGAAGAGUCCCCAGGCGCCCUGGAGGAGGAAUCUCCAGCCAAAGUUCCUGAGUUGGAGUUAGAAGAGGAAACUCAAGUUCAAGAGAUGACCCUUGAUGAGUGGAAAAAUCUUCAAGAACAGACAAGACCAAAGCCUGAGUUUAACAUCCGGAAACCUGAGUCCACUGUCCCUUCCAAAGCAGUGGUGAUACACAAGUCCAAAUAUAGAGAUGAUAUGGUAAAGGAUGACUAUGAAGAUGAUGCCCACGUUUUCCGGAAAGCAGCCAAUGACAUCACAUCCCAGCUGGAGAUUAAUUUCGGUAACCUCCCUCGUCCUGGGCGUGGAGCCAGAGGUGGCACACGGGGAGGCCGGGGAAGGAUCAGAAGGGUGGAGAACUACGGACCCAGAGCAGAAGUGGUGACACAAGACGUUGCUCCCAACCCGGAUGACCCUGAGGACUUUCCUGCUCUGGCCUGAGAGAGCCCUAUUUCCCUAGCAAGCUACAACAGCAUUGGCAUACCUAUGAAGAGACUUUUCUUGGUGUGGGGAAGAGAGUCAGACUCUAAGAACAAUAGAUGUUGCUUUUUCCCGUUUAGUGUGAAUUCAUUGCACUUUUUUGGCCUGGGGGCUGUGGGAUAGGGAUUUCUCUAGACACAAGGCAGCAGUUCCAGUUGUGGGGCGGGGGGGGGGGGGGGUUAGUCUGGCACUUUCCCAAGAAGGUGGAGAAUGGUGAUUAUUUUUUUAUUUAAAUAAUUCCAAAUGAAGUUCAGAAAUAAUGUUUAAAAUGUGUACAUAGAGAUUGUAUUGAAUCCUCCACAAAAACCUGGAGAGUAAAGAUGUAAAAUAGAAUCUACAGAGACUACUUCAUAAGGUGUAUAGAUUGGGAAGGCUGUGUGCUUUAGCAUUAGAGCAAAUACAUGUAACACCGACCAUUAAUUGAAAGCAGUCACAGCCUAGUUUCCAGAGACUGACGAAGUAAAAUACACCUGUACUUACUGUUUACUUGUAAGUGUUACAGUCUCCUGGAAGUUUUUGAGUUUUGGUUUUCAUUUAACCGAUAAUUUUAAAUAGCUGGUGGGCAGCCAUUGGCUACCACUCUGUGACAGAGAAUUAGGAAAAGUAUUGUUUUUGGGUUUUUUUUAAUGGUGAUUUAAACUACCUCGUGGUUUCUGUGUGUAUGUACACACGCAUACACGCACGCUUAGUAUAAAUGUGCAUAUUUAGUGUUUGGGUGGUUUUCAGGAUGAGUAUUAAGCAUAUGAUUUUUAAAAUCGUUAUUUAACCCAUUGAUCAAGAGAAAGGGGGUCCAGGCAAAAUAGUGUUACACCUUACCAUCAUAUCCUUUUCUCCCCUAGAAACUAAUAUCCGAAAUCAGUGCCCAUGUACAGAUGCCCUGUCCUUGCCUGGCAAGACUUGUAAAUAGUAUUUAUUGAACACCGUGUGCAGUUUUUCUCACCCAGCCCAUACACCAGUUCAAGUUCCUAUUUCUUGCCUUUGGUGAACGUUUGGGGUUGGGGGCUACCUCAGAGUUUCAGUAACUCACCGAGUCCUGCCAUGCCCAGCAGAGUGAGUCCUGCCAGAGCCUGAAUUUGGCCGAGCACCCGGGGCAGGGACUGGGGCGGAGGCAGCUGUAAGCUGCGGGCAGCUGGGGGUGAUGCUCUCUCCAAUUGACUGCAGAAACUGAAAAUAACCUUUGCCUGUUGUCACAGUUAAUAUGCUUCUGUUGGAAUCUGAACUUGGUCCCAGGAUCUGUGCUUUCCCCCGCUUUGCUAUACUGUUUAAGAUGGCUCUGAACUUGAACCCAAGUGUAAAUAAAGGUUGGUAUUCCCUCCUAA